AUGAGAAAGGAGGUAAAUUAUGGGUUUUUUUGGAGUGAUGAUUACAAGGUUGAGUGGGUUCAUCUUUCGGAUCAAGCCUUACAUGGAAUUUUCAUGAAGGGGGAGUAUAAGAUGUUAGUUUCGUUCAUUUAUGCGAAAUAUAAUGUUUCAGAAAGGAGGAAACUUUGGCAGGAGUUGGAGAAUGUUAGGGUGAUUGGCCUUCUUUGGGUAGUUUCUGGCAAUUUCAAUAUCAUUAGAAAUGACUCUAAGCGAGUGGGUGGCCACCCUAGACCUCUUCAGGCUAUGGAAGAUUUUAAAGAUUGCAUUGAUAAGUGUUAUCUCUUAGAGCUACCAGUUUUUGGUAGAAAAUUAUCUUGGUGCAAUGGACAUGAAGGCUUGACUAGAAGUUGGGCGCGGCUAGACAGAACACUGGUAAGUGAGGACGUGUUGCAUGAUUUCCUAGAGGCAAAUAUGAAGUACCUGCCAGCAUGGAAAUUGGGAGACAGUGGUAUGAUGUUGGGUGGAUUAGAAAAAUUAGCGGCUAAACUGAAGGCUACUAAAAACACUUUGAAAGUGUGGAAUAAACAGGUUUUUGGUAAGGUAGAUAAUAUUAUUUUGGAGUUAGAAGAACGGGUGGAGGCUCUCGAUCACAGGUUACAAGACACAUAUUCCGAUGAUAUAGAACAAGAAUAUUUGAUUUCUAAAAUUGAAUUGGAGGAGUGUAUCGUAAAGACGCAGAAAAUCAAAGUUGAAUCAGAUGAAGCUUACAGACGGAACUAUUCUCUCAACACCGCAACAAAUACAUUUAGAAGCUAUUUAUCAUACAUCAUUGAGUCAGCAGUUUCACAAGAGGAAGGAGAUAUGCUAUUUGCCCUACGGACAGAAGAUGAGGUUCGAGCUGCAACUGUUUCGAUACCAAUGGAUAGCACACCUGGGCUUGAUGGAUAUGGGUCAGCUUUCUUUAUCUAG